AUGUCGACUCGCCAAUUCGUUGUGGCGGAAGCCUGGGGCCCUCAUUACACUGCAGCGACCCUUGAUGCCGAGGGCUCCCAGCAUCGAUUGUUCAUCGAAAACUCCCCGCACGCCCCUAAGAAGCCAGAUCUGACACUUCAUCAUGCCGAUGUUGAUGGGCCCGUUCUCGGUCUGGCUCAAUUCCGGCGCUUUUCAUCCAACUGCAGUGUGAGACUGGAGAAGAAUGACAAUGAGAUCCACCUCGCGAAGAAGGGUUUGGUAUCACCGUCCUAUACUUUUCAGAUGUAUAUUCACGGCGACAGGAGGAGCCUGGCUUGGAAAAAGACACGGUCGCUGGGGAAUCACCGCACACCUUAUGGAGAUAUGAAACUUAUCGACGAGAGGAGUCAAGAAGUCAUGGCCGUCUUUUCCCGCGAUGGCUUCGCCUUCGUCCCGGGCUCCUUAGAUAUAUACGGCAAUUAUGGCGAAUAUUUCGAACAAGCGUCUCUGCUGACAGGGCUGGCCGUCCGGGAGCAACAACGACGCCAAACUACCCGAUCGGUGCGUGCCGGUCGAGAUAAUGUCUACACGAUGGGUGUUGUAGGGGUGGGGGGCGGAGGUGGAGGGGGUUGCUAG